AUGCAAGCACAAAUACACAGACGCACGUGCGAGCAAGCGGGUCAAGAAUCGUUAGACUUUGGCUCGCAUUGUGCCGUGCAAAACGAAAGAGACCGCAUAAGCUGCCGACGGCCCAGCUACGAGGAACAGGCGAACAAUGGUAGCGGCUUGUCGGUGGUUUCCUUGUUGCAGGCUGAAAUGCUCAGCAGACAUGCGGGGACGCGAGAGCUAGGCAGUCCGGCGAGCAGCGACAUCGAUCUCAGCACAAGGCGGAUAGCGGGCAUAAAUGACGUGUGCGACAGCAUGAAAGAACAAUUGUUGCUCCUGGUCGAAUGGGCCAAGUACAUUCCGGCGUUUAUGGAACUGUCGCUGGACGAUCAGGUUGCUUUACUUAGGGCGCACGCGGGCGAACAUCUUCUGCUGGGAGUUGCGAGGCGCAGCAUGAAUCUUAACGACGUGCUGCUUCUCGGCAAUAAUUGUAUCAUUACGAAGAACUGUCCUGAGGGGACCAAUCAACAGGAUUUGGACAUGAGCAAGGUGGGCGUCAGGGUAAUGGAAGAGCUAGUGAAGCCAUUGAACGAGGUCCAGAUCGAUGACACGGAAUUCGCGUGUCUCAAAGCCAUCGUGUUCUUCGAUCCGAAUGCGAAAGGUCUAACGGAUCCGUCAAAGAUCAAGAGUCUGCGCUAUCAGAUUCAAAUAAACCUCGAAGACUAUAUAAAUGAUCACCAGUACGACAAUCGGGGCCGCUUCGGCGAGAUAUUGCUGACGUUACCGGCCUUGCAAUCGAUCUCAUGGCAAAUGAUCGAGCAGAUCCAGUUUGUGCGGCUGUUCGGUGUGGCGCAUAUCGACAAUUUGCUCCAGGAGAUGUUGUUAGGCGGUGCCACACCAGAGAUAAACGGCGCCGCGACGUCCAUACCGAUCUCAACUACCGCGCCAGGUAGUUAUGUCAGCAGCAACGAGAGCCCGAGUAGCCCACUGACACCGGCCAACGCCGACAAUCUCAGUCCGACAACCGAUCAAAUGUUGGUCUCCGCAAACUCACCCGUCAUGAUCCUUAGCGAUCUGACGCCGAUUGCCACGCAGGAGGACAAUACCUUCAGGUUCUUCAAGCAGGAGCCGAGUAUUGAAGCGGAGCCGACCUUCUGACUAGACCGGGAAUCCAGCGCAUCGCUAACCAGCGGCCGAGUUCAUCUAUUGCACAACGUAGUCGCAUUGAUGUAGCUGGACUAUAAUUUCAAAAGUGUAAUCUGACGUUCGUUAUGGCUCCAUCGUCUAAAGUGCCAUACAUAUCGCGUCUUGUUGUUAUCAUAGUUGCCGAAUGUUCUCACAUGGUAUUGUAAUCAAAAAAGAACAAAGCGUCUUAGAUUAAUACGCGAAUGAAGAAUGACAGUUUUAGAGAUUUCUAAUUACCUCAAUUGAAUACAAUUUUGCAAUUUUUGAUACAUACAUAUAUUCAAAUUUUCAACUCAAAGCAAUCGAUCACAAUAUUGAUGUGAAUGAUACUUUUUAAGCAAAAGUAUUUUGUUGUCAAGUAGAUGUUGUGUAUCUGAUUAUCAAAUUUGUAAAGAAGCAUAUUUUGAAAUUUUUAUAUAUAUAUGUAUAAAACUUAUCACAUGUCUUAUAUCAGUAAAUCAAAGCAAUCUUGUUUUUAAGUAUUUUUGAUAUCAUCGCAUUUAUAUUGAGAUAAAUAAGUAAGAAAAUAUACAGAGAGUUUGGAACUUUUAGAGAUGAGAUUUUGCACAAUUGAGAAUUAUAUACUGGACGAGAAGAGAAUAAAGAGAAAUAUGAGAAAAAAUGUUUAAUAAUAUCGCCGGGUCAAGAUGCGAAGAAUUUUUCGUUUAUUUUUUUAAUUUUUUUUACACGACUGCAAGUAGAUAAAUUGUGGUUUUCUCGUUCAAUGAGAAGCCGGACGUUCUCUUCAAAAUUGCUCAAAUAAAGUUUUCUAUUACGUAUGUGUGCGUAUCUUAGUCAUAGGACCAAAUCAAAUGUGUGAUUUUAUAUAUGAUGAGAAAUCAAUAUAAUUAUCACAAGAUGUAGAACUUGGAAGAGAAAGAAGGCGAUGUAAAAAAUAUUCGCGCGUGCGAGAAAGGUACUUGAAGGAAAAAAAAUAAACGAGAAAGAGAGAGAGGAAGUAUCCGAUCUGUACAAGCGCAAGUUAACGGCGUAGCACGCUAUAGUCAACGUUUCCAGUUGCGUAUUGCAGUCAAUUAAAGCCUGCACCUGUACAAAUAACGAUCAAUCGCUGACCAAGAUUAAAUGUGAUAAGCGAUAAAAUCGUAUCUUGCCAAUGCUACCGCUACUAUUACUACUAUUACUCCUACUACUAUUAAUUAUUGUCGCGACAGCAUCCGGACCACUUCCGAAUCAAAAUCUGGAUUAGAAACGAAACUUGACAAGAACGAACCGCGCGAAUAACGACAAUAAUUGAAUGAUUAAUAGAAGCGCGAGAAAGAACUAAAGGUAAUAUUUUUUUUUCUUUUUUUUGAUAAAUUAAAAUCCUGUAGAUACGCAACAACAAGUUCUAAGGCAAUAUUUUUGUUACGCGUCUGUUUGUACAUGUGUAAAAUAUGUACGGAGAGAUCGGAUUUUACAAUCCAAAUUCAACUAAAUACCAGUGUUUUAACGUUUGAUAUAUUGAAGAUAAGAAAAAAAAACAUGUUCGAUUAUCUUCUCAUCUUUUGUCAAGGACGUUUUGUCGUUCACGAGUAUGUCGCGUUGAACAGAGGUAAUCUCGCAUUUGUCGAGCAUCGAGAGAUAACGAGAAUAUUUUUUUUUUACUGUUUUGCUCAUUCUCUACGAAUAAAUGUUAUUAUAGGAUUGUUAUUAUAGGAUUGUGUAAAUAGCGUGAUGUAUACCAUACGAUAAUAUGUGUAACAUUCCAAAUAUAUAUACAGUACCAAUGUUGCAUAUAUUUACAUACACAUACAUAUAUAUAUAUAUAUACAGUUAUAGGUAUAGUCUUUUAAAAAUAGCUGCACGUGGAAAACAUGGUUGCUCUAAACCGCCGAGCGCAAUGUUUCCCGCGAAAAAUAAAAAGUGCGCCAUUGCAAUGCAAUUUCUUGUUAGUAACGUAACGAUAAGAAAUGCGCACUGGUCAUUUCGCGUAUGCGGAUAUUGACGAGUUCAAUAAGCCGGUAAAUCGGCUAUGGCUAAUCAAACUGGCUAGUGCGCACUAUUAUCGUAAUUUUUUAAGUUUUAACAAAGUGUGCGUAUAAAAAUAAAUGUCUGUUAAUAAUAACAAAACACGGCCGGAUGAAAAGCAAUAGUAUCAUAAUCAGGUGAAAAACAGUAAUGAUGUAAUGAUUGCGUGUCUAAAAUCAGAAAGUACUUGGGAAAUUAUUUAUUACACAACUAUAAAUCGGAGACGAAACAGCAAACAACUGUGUUUCCACCCGGAAAACAAGGACGUCUGAUAAGAUUAAGACUUGGCUCAAACAAAAUUAUGUAAUACGCACAUGCGCCUUAGAUAAUAAUAAAAAGGCUUGUAAAUUUAUGUCAGCCACAAGAACGUUA